CUCAUCUCCGCCACGCUUGCUCAUGAAUCAAGGACUCUAGAUUUGUGUGUGCACACACACCCAAACACACGCACACACACACGCGCACGCACUUUUUUUCAUUCCCCUCCUUCGCUCUCUGAAGCCCAGGGAGAAUCAGUGACAGAGGUGUUUCAUUGUUGAGUGGGUUUUGCCUUUUUGCUUUUUUUUAAAAAAAAAAAAAAAAUUCAAUUAAUGAUCAGAUCUAGGGGAGAAAAAAAGAAACAAAAAAACAAACAACCCUGAAUAGAAACAAAACUUUUGAAUGCUGGAUUCCAAAAAAAAAAAAAAAAAAAAAAAAAAAGUUAUCUGGACAGCUUCUUUGAGACUAUUUAAAAACUGGCCCAACAGGUCUCUACAACGUCAAGAUCUAACUAAGCUUUAAAAGGUCAAGAAGUUUUAUGGCUGACAAAGGAUUUGCUCCUGCGCAGAGGACCUUUCCCACCUAAGCUUCUGGGGAUUGGGGAAUUUCACCCCCGUUCUCUUCCGUCUGUUGCAUCUCUCUGCAAGCAAGGGCUGAAAUCGUUUUCUUUUGUUGUUUUGAGGGAACCAGGAGGGUGGGGGGUGGCCUGAGCUGGCCGCAGGCAACUGUUUUAUAGGCUUGUCUUACUGGGUCCUGCCAAGUGGUUAUUUUCGCCUCCUGUGGGUUUGGCUUUUGUUGGUUUCUGUUUGGGUUUGGAGCGAGACUCUGGCUAGUGGCAUAAGGAGAACUUACUUUAACAAAUUUAUUUUUCAGCAACAGAGAGGUAGAUGUGACUGGCAACAACUUUCUACCCCUUCUCUUUUUUGUGCUACUCAGAACCAGAAAGCAUCCCUCCCAUCAGCAAACCCUGGUAAUAAUGACUCCAGCCUGGCUGGUUUGCAGACAUUGGUUUUGCUUUUUCAAAAUCGGCCCCUAGUUGCAUUUGUCCGGACCGUCACCAAGAUCUGCACUCUUGAUGCUGUCCUCAAGUUCGUGGCCUCAGGGCCCUCCUUUUGCUGAAACUGCCUUUUUAGCUCCUUGGUCUCUGAGCCCCUUGAAGGCGGUUUUGAACGGAGCCCAGUUUAUGUCAAGUUCUACCCAGCACUGUUAUUGCUUCACUGUGGGAUAGCUGGGAGUAUGGCCACCCUGCUCCACGAUGCGGUAAUGAAUCCAGCAGAAGUUGUGAAGCAGCGCUUGCAGAUGUACGACUCGCCGCACCGGUCGGCCCUCAGCUGCAUCCGGACCGUGUGGGGGACAGAGGGCUUGGGGGCCUUCUACCGGAGUUACACCACGCAGCUGACCAUGAACGUUCCCUUCCAGUCCAUCCACUUCAUCACCUAUGAGUUCCUGCAGGAGCAGAUCAACCCGUACCGGGGCUACAACCCGCAGUCCCACAUCAUCUCAGGCGGGCUGGCCGGGGCCCUGGCUGCAGCCGCUACCACCCCUCUGGACGUUUGUAAAACCCUCCUCAACACUCAGGAGAACAUGGCCCUCAACCUGGCCAACGUCAGCGGCCGGCUGUCGGGCAUGGCCAACGCCUUCCGGACGGUGUACCAGCUCAACGGCCUGCCGGGCUACUUCAAGGGCGUGCAGGCCCGCGUCAUCUACCAGAUGCCGUCCACUGCCAUCUCCUGGUCCGUCUACGAGUUCUUCAAGUACUUCCUCACCAAGCACAAGCUAGAGAAUCGAACUCCGUACUAAAGGAACGGGCUGUGGGAAGUGAUGCCAGAAUCUUUGAUGGUGCAAAGACUUUCCCUGACUGCUGCCCUUCCCCUGCCCUCACACCAAGAUUCCUGGGGCAGGGUGUUGGCAGGAUCUGCUCUUUGACGCCUUAGAGAGAGGAGAGGACGGGACAGCCACUUACACGACGGCCGUCCGUCCGCAGGGACAUCCCAGGUGGUAGAACGUGUCGAAAGACUGACAGGGGAGCGAGAAAGUGCUUUUUCUCUUCCUCCCCCCCCCAGCCCCGCCCCAGAGAGCGAUGUAGCCUUUCUGCUUCAGUAUAGCAUCUCCUCCCCUAGAAUCGUACGUAGAUCACCCAGGAGGGAAGAAAAUGUGCAGUGACUGAAAACAUUAAAGAGGAAAAAAAAAUUAUGUAUAUAGAAGUUCCAGUACACAGUAUCACAUAGAUGGAUAAUGUUUAUCCUUUAUUUUUCUAUGUAGAAGUUUUGGGAUUUGCGUGUGUGCCUGUGUGUGUGUACAAGCAAGUGUUACAGCUGGGAAUAUAAAGCUGUUUAAAAAAAAAAAUAGCUGAAUUCUUCCAUCGGGUUAAGUCAAAAGGCACCAAAGUAAUACGUUGCUCCACGUGGCCUAAAAUUGUGUUGAGCCCCCACAGAUGGAAGUUCCACUUGAAUGUAAAAUAAUAAAUAUAAGGUUUAUAUUUUGAAUUUUCUUUUCAUAGGGGAAAAUGGUACGUUGAAAAACAAGUCAAAAUAAUGAUAUAAUACUUUUAGCUACUUUUUUUUUUUUUUCUUACUCAAUCAGUCACCUUCAUGUGCCUUUUCCCUUGGUCUUUUCCUAGAAAUUCCAGGACCAAAGAUCUGGCCCUGGGGCUUUUCCUCUUGCUGUGUGCUCGCCCUCACGCACACGUACUGGGCGGCAGCACGGCUCACACUGGAGCACAGUGGCCCCAGUGGAAUUAGGGUGGCUGGUCUUACACUUACUGAAACCAUUUCCUUCCCUUGUGGGUGACGUGAAUGUAUGCCUCGCGGGGCCAGCACUUAAAAGCCCUUGAAAUGCCAAUGCUUGGCCACUUGUUGGGCGGGCAUGUGUGAUAAAUCCUACCUUGAUCCUAGGACUUAAUUCUCCAACAGUCUUUUAACCCAGGCACUUCAGGUAUUCUUGUCUGUGUGUGUGUUUGACUAAAUCUCCUGAUCUCCUGUGUUUCCCUGUGCAGUUUUAGGGGUUUUACAAAACACAGCAAGCAUAUCUACGGCAUUUGUCUGUACACCUGCCCAUCACAAAUUUCCACCUUAAGAGCCUCUCACCGCGCAGGGACAGGCCAGGCUCCCCAGCCCCGCUGCGCAAGGGACCCGGGCCCUCGUGCUCAGUCAGGACGCCUCUCGAACCAUCUUCAUAGCCUUGCUUGAUCCACGCCAGCUGGGAACACGAUGCCUUGUUUCCUGAAAUGGCCUAUCUGAGCCAGAUUAUCCCUGAGAGCAAACGCAAGCCUGUUUCCUCCAGCCAAGCCUUCCCAGGCCUCUCUCCGAGGGAAGACCCAGUGGCUUCACAGUUUCCUUUAGAGCUGUCUUUCAAAAUGAGCAGGAAGUACGUGUGUGUUUUCAUUCUGGUCGGCCUGGUGCUGACCUUGACCCUUUGCCCUUCGCCUUUCGCCCUUCGCCUUAGGCAUGGUCCAUGUCUUGCAUUCUCACCGAGGCUCAGACCCGGGCUCCUUCGGAUGCCGUGACUCCUGGGAUGAACUCAGGUGGUGCUGGGACUUUUGCAUCUCAGAACAUCGUGUGCUGUGCCUCUGGGAGUAGUUUGCAGGUCCAGGACAGCAGAAACCCAUGUCAGGCAGCUCCCACACGUGCCCCGAUGAGCAGGGGCUGGGGGGCCUGCCUGCUGACCUGUCCCACCUCGGAGUUAGCCCACCCCCACCCCCCGGUGGAAAUCAGUUGCAGCGAGCUUCCCCGCUCCGUUGCAGUUGCAUCCCCACUCAGGGAUGCCAGAAGCCCACGGAGACCAAACUGCUGGGGGAAGUGUUGACAUCUCUAAACAUAUACCCCGUCAGUGUUACAUUUUGCAGAUGGAAGAAAAUCUAGAUCGAAUUCUAAAAUAAUUAUCCAACCACCCCUUUUUGUCCACUUCAGAUACACCACACUGCUGCAAAAUAUUCCUUAUUUCUUAUGGGAUUUUGUUUUUCGAUGGUAUUGAGGAAAGAAAUGGCUCACUUCUCAGGGAGAACUCCUUUGGGUCGGGAGAGAUAGAGUCCAGAUUUCAGAGUCGGAAGGUCUGAUCCUGCUUUCCUUUCCCAGUGUGUAGGGAUCGGCUGGGAAAUGGGGGUGAUGCCACCUGUCCUGCCUUCCCCACUGGGUCUUCCAGAGGCUGAACGAGCGAUGUAUCUGAAAAAGCUUUGAAAGUUGUGAAGCGCUAAACAAACAGAAGUGGUCAUGAAUUCUGGGGGAGGUAACCACUGCCCCCCGCCUCACCCUGAGCUCCAAAGCUUGUCUUGCUGCCCCAUGCAGACUGCAGCCCAGUUGACUGUGACUUUGACUUGGCCAGGAACGAAAUAGGAACAUGUUCUCCCCAUCCCCCAGCCCUGGCGAUGACCAACCUAACGUAGUCGGUCACGGCACAAACUUGGUCACUGGUGUCUUUGGUGUCAUGGGGGCGUCAUCUGCCGCCCAGCAAUGCCACUUGAGUACAAUACUCAAUAACAGUGACUUCUGUCCAGACCAUGAUUUGUGAUCCAACCCCUCAUACAUCUGAGUUUUACUUUUUAGAAUUAAAAAAUUGAUUUUUUUCCAAAUGGGAUAAAUCUGCAAUCCAUGACUUUUUUUUCUUAACUUUGGAUCGAAACUCGCUAGAUACUGGCCUGCAUCCUUUUGUGUGGUUUCUUUUUCUUUAAUUUUUUUUAAAUGCUGAUGUCUUGUUCCAAGAGCUGUCCUCCAAAGUCCCCCCCUAAGGCUGCACUGGCAACACGUUGUUAUGCCAUUAAGGUUUUAUUUAACUUUAUUUAAGGAUGAUUGUGCCUGUUCAAUACAAAUGUACUGCUGCUUCCCACCUGCGAGACGCACGAUGUAUGUUGCUAGGGUGGGCCAGUGUCCUUUCUUAAAUUCCUUUCGUAAAUAUCAUGGUUUCUGCCUCUUGAUUGUCACCAGUUCCUGGAAGAAGGGGAGAAAUGUGUGUUUCUGUGUGGGGAUAUUUCUGAUAUGCUGCUACAGUUGUGACACUGGAGCUACAGAAAAUAAAGCCUUGAUCUUUGAA